UAAGACGAGUUGAAUCUCCUCAGCUUUCUUAGGCACUAAACACUGUUGUUUUUAGAUGUAAAUUCUCACUAAAGAUUCACAGUCUUCUUGAAAAAUAAUGUAAAACCAACCCCAAAUAAAGGACCCAAAAUGAAACACCCACAUUUGUUUGAAAAGUUAUGUUUGCUGAUAAUAUGAAAAAUUUCGGGGUUUUUUCUUCAUUCUAGGGGAGAUUUAUUCAUAUGUAUUUUCUAAUUUGCCAAGAGCUAAAACAUUUUAAGUUAGUGGGAAGAUUUUGAUGAGGACAUCAAAGCACCAUUCAUUAGGCUUUGGUUGGAGGAGGGAGGCAAACUGCCUUAGUGGGAAUUUAAAUGCUGCCAACUCUCUACGAAGCUCUGAGUUCUAACAUGAACUGGUCAAAGCAUCCAAAAUCUGUGUUGAUUAUGGACGAGGUUGAUGGCUUGCUUCUUAAAGGUGUCACCGAAGCAGUAGAAGAAGAAGCAGAAGCGGUAGGUACUGUAUUUUUAUACAAUUUUCUCCAAGAAGAUAGUCAUGCAUGUGAUUUAGCAAUGAGAAGAAGAAAAAGAAGGAGACAAGUUUUAUUCUUUUGCCAGAGAAGAAGAAGGUGACAAGUUUUAUUCUUUUGCCAGAGAAGAAGGUGACAAGUUUUAUUAUUUAUAGGUAUGGUUAGGAUGUGUUUGGAUGAUGCUUGUAAAUGGGGUUAACUGUAAAUGAUUUACAGGUAAAUGGUUUAUAGUCUGUGUUUGGAUGCUGAAAAUUGCCUGUAAAUGCUUUUCUAUGGCUUGUAGGUUUUGACCCUUCCACUUUCAUGCCUGAUUAAAGUUCUCCUCUGGCCUUUGAUUUUACAAAUGCGGAUUGGCUUGUUACCUGAGGUAGAUGGUGGAAAAGCUAUUUUAUUUGAUUGCAUGUGCUGUACUAAUGUUCUGCAUUUUUGGAGUCAUAUCAUUUCCAGCAAGCUUAUGUUUUUUAAUGCUAUAAAUUUCAGGUUGUAUCGUGGUGAUCCAGUGCUAAAUCCUCUUACACCUUGGGAUAGACCUCCAUUGAAAAACAUUUUCUGUAUAUAUGGGAUAGAUAUGAAGACUGAGGUAAUGUGCUAUUUUAUUUGAAUAAUAAUUAUUUCUAAAUUCUUCUUUUUAAAAAAAUUGUAAUUUGUUAUGGCUGAGCCAAUUGUGGCACUGCAUCUGUCUAAUCCUGACAUUCCUGAGUUAAUUUUUGGAUUCUCAUUGGGUAUGAGUGAAGUUUGUGAGUGUUUAACUCCUGAUACUAUAAAUAAUAAGUAUCAUGGAUGUGAAGACUGGUGGAGGCAAGUUUUUUUUAGCACAAGGCUUAUUGUGAAAAGCAUAGCUUGGAUCAGAAAAAGGUCAUAUCAAUUGCUUUUGAAGAAUGAAUAUCUUAUGAUGCAUUGUCUUUCAUAGGGUAAAAGUCUUAUGUUACAAUGCAUAAGUUUAUUUCCCCUGCCUCAUCUUGGUUUUUAUCAAUUUCUACAGGCUGAGAGUCUGCAACAUGGACCUGAUGAGGUCCGCCGCAUUAAGCAAAUCCGGCCAGCAGGCCAGAGCUACCUAUUGAGGUUGCAGGGCCUGCUACACACAAUUUGAAUGGAGAAUGCUAGUGGAGGCAAUGAUGACGUUGGCCUGGAAGCAGCAGAAGAUGGACGGGUAGUGUUAUCUCAGGGUUCGCCAAGCACGAUGGCACCGGUGAUGACGGGCGUAACCAUGACUUUGUAUUAUUUGUAGAACCUAGUGUUGUGUAACAGUUUGAUUGAGUUAAACUUUAAAUAAACUAUCGUUAAUUGUUUUGUUGGUAA